UUGUCGAUGAUGAGGCACUCCCAUUUCAUCUCCCUGGUAAAAAAUGUCGGAAACCCAGUUUCGCUCUACUCAACGGCGUCGACCAAAUGUCAUCGAGACUUGUGGCAAGGCUCCCUGAACCGCCUCUACGAUCGGAUCACCGCCAGCAGUUAUAAAGCCUCCGUUGUACCCAUUCUGGACCGGUGGCUCCAAGAUGGCCAGACCCUUGAUAAACAUGGCCUCCUCACUAUCAUCAAAGAGCUCCGGCACUACAAAAACUACACCCGAGCUCUUGAGGUGGUUAUGUGGAUGAAUGAAAAAUGGUCUGUUGGAACCUCUGAUGUAGUCAUCCAACUUGACUUGAUUGCGAAAGUUCAUGGAAUAGAACAAGCGGAGAAUUAUUUUAACAACACUCCCAAACAAUUGAAAGUCCCUGCAGCGUACAAUGCUCUCCUCAACUGCUAUUGCCUUGCUAAACAGUUGGAAAAGGCAGAGGCCACCAUUCAGAGAAUGAGGGAUUUGGGUUUCUCUAGAACGUCAUGGUCCUACAACUGUUUGCUGAACUUGUACUACAAGACUGAAAACCAUGAGAAAUUCGACAGUCUGUUGGGUGAAAUGGAAGAAAAAGGCAUCCCGUUUGAUAGUUUCACAUAUGGGAUCAGACUCGGUGCAGCUGCAGCUGCCUCUGACCUUGAGGAAAUUGACAAGAUUAUGACAGAAUGGGAAUCGAAUCCUAGUGUUUAUUUGGACUGGUCUAAUUAUGCUGCUGCAGCAAGUGGUUACACAAAAGCAGGAGAUGUGGACAAGGCUUUAGCAAUGCUCAAGAUAUGUGAGGAAAAGAUACCAAUUUCGAAAAGACAGAGGGAAGCAUAUGAGCAUCUUAUGACUCAAUAUGCAGUACUGGGGAAGAAAGAUGAUACUUUAAGACUCUGGAAAUGUUACAAGGAGCAGAUGAAAAUAUACAAUAAGGGUUAUCUAUGCAUAAUGUCUUCACUCUUGAAGUUUGAUGACAUUGAGAGUGUUGAGAAGAUGUUUGAAGAGUGGGAAUCUGAGCAUCUAACUUAUGAUAUCCGUAUUCCAAAUAUCUUAAUUGGUGCUUAUACUAGAAAUGGCCUUCUUGAAAAGGCUGAAGCCAUUAUUAGCAGGAUAAUUUUGAAGGAUGUAAAACCUAAUUCUAAGACAUGGAGUAUUUUGGCGAAAGGGUAUCUUCAUCAAGGUCAAAUUGAGAAGACACUUGAAUUGGCAACAAAAGCUGUUAUUGCUGCGCCACCAAGGUGGAUGCCGGACAAGGGAAUGGUGGCUGCAUGUCUGGAGUGCUUCAAAAGGAAAGAUGAUCUUGAAGGAGCCGAGGAAUUCAUCAAACUCCUUGGGGACAAGAAUAGUAUUCCUUUGAACGUUCAUGAGAGAUUGUUGAGUCAUAUCAAAAAUGAGAAUUGGACUGCCUUACUAUGGGAAUUUCCAAAGGGAGAUGAUGAAGAAACAAGUGAAUUUAUGCCGGUGGAAUCUAAGCAGUAGUAGCCUUUUAGGACUUGUGUCUCCGCUUAGCAAGCCCUUUAGGGUAAAUCAACCUUGAGAUUUUCACAUGUUUCUUGGUUCUGUGGAUGAAUAACAUUCCCUUUGUUUCUCUAAUUUAACCAUGAGGUGUCUUGUUUCCAGGAGAAGCAGAAAACUCGCUACCAAUUUGUUGGUAAUGACUUAUAAACACUUUCUUGGAGUGCAUUAAUGUAGGUAUUCUUUGAUGGAAUCAGCUGCCGGCUGUUUAGUCAGCAGAGGAGAAUUUAUC